UAUUGUCAUCGGUGUGCUCGUGUGCUUGUGUGUUUGUGCGCCGUGAACGUGUACUGCACGCGUGUGUGUCCAUCCCUCUCGUCGUCCAUACGAUGAUCGCUACGGCUGCUGCUGCUACUCCUGCCGCCGCGGUCGCGGUGCAUUAUCGCGACGGCCAAGAACAACUGCGCGUGCCCGGAUCACCGCAACCGUACGCGAGUCGCGUUCGCGGGUCCUGGCGCGAUUAUCUAGACCCGCCGGACGACGGGUGUUGCACCGCAGCGGAGCUGCUGGCCGACGACGAUUACUCGUACGGGGACGGCGACGAGGACUGCGACGACGACGACGAAGACGAUGACGACGACGAUGACUCCAACUCUUACGAUUGCGGCUGUUCGUGCUGUUCGCUGUGUUCGUCCGGUGGCUGCGACCGCCCCGGGUUCCGUUGCGGACGGGACACGCCGUCCGCAUCCUCGUCGUCCUCGUCGUCCUCGUCUUCCUCGUCGUUUGCCGCCGUCGCCGCUUCACCGUCCCGGCGACGCGUUGUCGGCUCGCACGUUUUCGAACCUUCGAUGCGCGGCUCGUGCUAUUGCAUACGUUGCCAGAAGCGCCGGUACUCGUUGGACUUUUUCAAAAGCACCGAUUUCAGGCGCGGCAUUCCCUCGCCCAACGUGUUCAUGAUCGAUGAACGGGCGUGCAAGAUCGUCGACGAUUACAUACACGAUCGCGAUCUACAGAUUGGUCAUCGGCCAGCAAAUGUAGUCAAAGAUAAAAAAUUGAACUUUGUCACCUGGGAACCAUACUUUUGUGUAUUGUUACAAGACGAACAGACUUUAACUGCAUAUAGAAGCGAAGAAUUAUCUAUAUUCCCAGGGACUGCGCUAAGGACAAUAACGCACGCUUUUAAGAUCGGCGAUUCGCUGUUCGUCGAUCUACCCAGGGUGCGGCUUGAUGGCGGGGCGAAAAAGUUUCGUCAGCGAUGGGGAUACGAGUUGAUGCAUCAGCCACCAGUUCUGUUAGAAGAAGACGAAGACGAGGACGAGGACGACGUAGCCGACAGUGUGUCCCUGCGAGAAACAACCACGAGACCCGCGGCCAUGUGUGCUCCGUCACCUUUAGAUACAUCGUACGAAAAAGCUUGUCGUCGAGGAAGUGCUCCCGCAACACCGGUGAUCGGCAACACCAGAUCGCUGGAACUCACGCCCUCCAGAAUUGUGAAUUUCUUUUCAAAACGGUCAUUCAGAUCGAAUCCGCUGAAACGGACAAAGAGCGUGACGAAGUUGGAGCGGAAAAAAGCGCUGGAAUCCGAUGGAAAUGUUCUUUUCUCCAGAAAUUCCAGUCCCGGCUGCGUAGGCAAUGGUGGUGGACCCCGUCUGAGGACGUCUCGUUCACAUGAAUCGCUCUUAUCCGGCCAGUCUCAGAGCAUUAUGCAAUCGUUAGAUUUGAGUAGCGGCGGCGUGGAAAUCAAACCGCUUCAUCCGUCUGUGCUGGGCCGGGAAAACUGUUUCCAGGUUACUCUACCUGCGGGGAACACGAGGUACUUCUCGUGUCGUACAACAGAAGAACGCGACAAAUGGGUGUACAGCUUGAGAAAAUCCGUUCAACCCGAUCAGGAGCACAUACGUCGCACGGAAAAUGCUCUAAAAAUAUGGAUUCUUGAAGCCAAGGGGCUUGCCAACAAAAAGAAAUACUUUUGUGAGCUGUGCUUGGACAAAACGCUGUUUGCAAGAACCUCGUCAAAACAAAAAUCCGAGCUGUGCUUUUGGGGUGAACAUUUUGACUUUACCAGUUUGCCUCAAGUGAAUGUUAUCAACAUACAUUUAUAUAGGGAAGGUGAAAGAAAGAAGAAGAAGGAUAAAAGUUUCUUAGUCGGUACUGUAAGUAUUCCUGUACACGAUGUGGCAUCUAGAUUCUUGACAGAAAAAUGGUAUCCAGUAACCACUGAGAAAAACUUAAAAGAUCCUCCAUCUUUAAGAGUUAAAUGCCGUUUUCAGAGUGUUGAUAUUUUGCCUGUUCAAAUUUACCAAGAAUUUUUACAAUAUUUGAGAACGGAUUAUAAAACCAUUUGUGAAAUAUUGGAACCGGUUGUUGGUGUCAAGGCCAAGGAAGAUAUUGCUACUGCUUUAGUACAUGUCAUGCAGAAAGAAAAUUUGGCUAAAGAAUUUUUAUCAGAUAUUGUAAUGAUGGACAUAGAAAAGGUUGAAGAUGAUCGUUUGACAUUCAGGGGCAAUUCAUUGGCCACUAAAGCCAUGGAAGCAUAUUUGAAGCUAACCGGUGAAAAGUACUUGCACGAGACUUUGAGUGAACUUGUGUCAAGUGUUAUGCAAACUGGAUUUGAUUGUGAAGUAGAUCCUUUAAAAGCUGGCAGUGCAUCUAAUUUGGCUAAACAACAAGCUAAUUUAAGACAAGCUGUUGAAACUACAUGGAAUCGUAUACUUUCUUCUCAUACAUCAUUUCCAUUUGAACUUAGAGAAUGCUUUACAAAAUUCCGUGAAUGCAUGAACAGUACUGGGCGUCAUGAUAUUAGUGACAAUUUAAUAUCGGCCUGUAUUUUUCUAAGAUUUUUGUGCCCAGCAAUCUUAUCACCUAGCCUAUUCAACAUUACUCAUGAAUAUCCUAAUGAAAAAGCAGCUCGUAACUUGACACUGGUAGCAAAGACAUUACAAACUUUAGCUAACUUUACACGGUUCCAAGGAAAAGAAAACUUUAUGGAGUUUAUGAAUGACUUUUUGGAACGCGAAGCAGCUUCUAUGAAAUCAUUCUUGAAAAUCAUAUCUAGUCCUAUACCUAUUGGUUAUUCAACACCCCAAGACCACUCAACUGAAUUUGAUGGGCACAUUGAUCUUGGCAAACAAUUGAGCAUACUUCAUACAUUAUUGAUGGAAUGCGUAGAGAAAAUUUCGCCAGUACGUCUCCAAGAGGUGGAAAAGUUGCAUUCAAUACUGGAAAGAAUACAGAUAGCUCUUGCCCAACCUGCUGGAGUUAGAACACCUCUAAAUUAUACUGAAAAUCAACAAUCUAAUAACCAGAGCAGCAUUUAUCAACCAGUCCAACAUCAAAACAUAUUUAGAUAUAAUGAUCCAACAUUGAAAGACAAUGCUCAACGUUUGUACGGAUCAACUCAAGGAUCAUCAUUGAACAGCACAAAUAAUUUGGUCGGAAGUUCAACAUUAUUGUGUGAUAAACGUCCCAAUGCUAAUCCAGCACGUGCAUCAACUCUUCCUCGCAAUGCAUUCUUUUCGUCCAAUCCUGGUUCACCUAACUUACAACUUUGUCCAAAGUUAAAAUUUGAUGAACCAGUUUCUGCGUACAAUGGAUUUACUACUAACCACAACCUAAAUCAUAAUGGACAUAAUUCAGAUGUUGAAAUGGACCAGCAGCAAAAAGGAAGCCAAAUGUCAAUAUCCACAUUAUCUAAUGUAGCGUCUUCAGGUUAUCAAAGUUUUGCGGCAUACAGUCAGAGCUCAAGUCCAGUUGAUUUAACUAACAACAACAACAGCAACCAUACCAAUACUAGUUCUACCAAACCUCCAUUAGCUAAUGGUAGUGCUGCUUUACCACCAUUAGCAUUUGUCAAUCCUGUUUACCAACACCAUCACCACCACCAUCACCAUCAUCAUCAUCAAAGGAAACAAAGAGCGCGAUCAUGCAGUUCUUCUGAUGACGAGAACACUCCAGUUAAUGAUAAAAUAGCCCAAGUUGCUCCAAGGUUUCUACCACCUCAUAGGGCUCCAAGAACUAAUCCCCAGUGCAAUGGUAGUGGUAUGGUAAGAUCAUUAGCAUGGAAGUGGUCACCAAGUAAAGUCAACGGAGUCAGCUCUAAUCUAAAAUGCUCUCCUGGUGAUGUAAAGAAAUUGUGCCCCGCUGAAAUGCCUUUAAGAAGACGUGUGUCUAUCGAUUCUAGUCGUGGAAUGUCUGAAGAUUCCUCUGAUGAUGAAGAUACAAAAAAUCAAAAUAUUGCCAAUCAGUUGAAAACCAAUUGUUCCAUUGAACAGAUAAACUACCAGAAAGAAAUUGAACGUCUUCAAACAAAUGUACAAAUACUGAAGUUGAAGCUUGAACAAGCCGAACAGCAAUUGGAAUCUGAACCAGAAUCAUCUGAGAUCAUUGAUAACGAACCUGAUAAUAUGAAAAAUAUAAUUGCUAGGUUGAUGUCUGUGGAAGACGAACUGAGACGCGAACAGCGCAAAAUGUCCGACACACUGACUCACAAGCAGCGGGUUAUUGAGGCACAAGAACACCAGAUUGCUGCAUUGGAUGCAGCCAAUAAUAGGUUGUUAAAUGCUCUGAGCCAGCUGAAGGAACGGUACCAAAUGAACAAUGGCAAAACCAACAACACAAGUCCUAACAUCAACCAUAGACUGCUUGCUGAACUCGGUGAACUCAAGAGCUCUUCUUGUUAAAAUUAUGGUGUUGCACUCUAUGUAUUCCUGGUGUAUUCUGUUGUAAUAAAUUGAAAAAUUUAUUAUUUCAUCUGAAAUUAGUUCACGGUUCACAUGUGUUUCCGCCCUUCAUUGGAUAUAUCACAUUAUAUCUAUGCCAAAUGCAUAUAAAAUAAAAUUAUCAAAUUAAAUUACUAAUUGCAAAUCAUACUAAAAUUAUUAUCAAGUAUUAUU